AUGUCAGCAGAAGAAGAUCAGCUUGAUCAAACUACGCAAGACAGGGAAGAUGCACAGUCUUUGUUUCAGUAUCCCACUGUCGGUCAUUUCGUAGAUCACGUUACCGUCACUCAAGUCAAUGGGGAAGUCAAAACCGAAGUGUUCAUCGUCGACAAGUUAAUCACCUCUGACAUUUCCCAAUUUAAGGAGGCUUUCUUCCAGUUGAUCAACAGAGAAUCAGAGGACAUUGUAAGGGAUGCGCGAUUGAACAGGAUCACUAUGAUAGAUCCGUCCGAAAUGCCGUUUUUAGACGAUCUGAAGCAGGAAAUGACCGAAUCCCUCGAUGAAGCUUGUCAAGAGAGAAAUCAAGGUUCUAACACUAACCUGUUCCACAAAACUUACUUUACCGACGAAUUCGACGAUUUUCAUCUUGCGGCUCGACCUACGACUGACAGAUACGGUAGUCUUAUUGACUGCUCACGAUGGGAAUAUGCUGAACCUUAUGAGGAAAACACGAAUACGACUAUCAAAAGGAGAUAUAAUCCCAACUACAUGUUGCGGGCCAAUCAAAGAUAUAGGGAUUCGCUGAGAAGGUGA